AUGGCCGGCGCUACCACCCCUUCCUCGGGCGUUUGGAAGUUGUACCGGCCGUAUUGGAAGCGGACGAAUUUGCUGCAACUCGGCGUCGUCGCCCUCCUCUGUUCCGCCUCUUACUUCCUCGGAAUCUGCCAUCACGGAGGGGAUUCCGCCUCCUUCAACUCCACCGUUCUCAGCGCCGUCUCUUGCGACCGGAACCCCCCUGCCACGACAAUAACUGUUGGCGCCGGGACGCUGGACUUCGCCGUCCACCACGGGGCGGACCAGUCGUCGACAGGGUUUCCGGUUGUCCGGGAAUUUCCGGCGUGCGACGUCAAAUACUCGGAGUACACGCCGUGCGAGGACCGGACCCGGUCGUUGCGGUUCGACCGGAAGCGACUCAUCUACCGGGAGCGGCACUGCCCGGAGAAAGGAGAGCUCCUCAAGUGCCUGAUCCCGGCGCCGCCCGGGUACAAGAGCCCCUUCCCAUGGCCAGCGAGCCGGGAUACGGCGUGGUUCGCCAACGUGCCGCACAAGGAGCUCACAGUGGGGAAGGCGGGACAGAAUUGGAUCCGCGUCGACGGGGACAAGUUCCGAUUCCCGGGUGGCGGUACCAUGUUCCCCAACGGCGCCGACACCUACAUCGAUGACAUCGACCAGCUUGUUUCUCUAAGUGAUGGGUCGAUCCGGACGGCCGUCGACACCGGCUGCGGGGUGGCGAGCUGGGGAGCUUACCUUCUCUCUCGGAAUGUCCUAACCAUGUCGUUCGCGCCGAAGGACUCGCACGAGGCGCAAGUCCAAUUCGCGCUCGAGCGUGGCGUCCCUGCCAUGAUCGGCGUGCUUGCAUCCAUCCGCCUCCCCUACCCGUCGAGGGCCUUCGACAUGGCCCAUUGCUCAAGGUGCCUCAUUCAGUGGCACCUCUAUGAUGGGCAGUACUUGAUGGAGAUCGACCGCAUUCUCAGGCCCGGUGGCUAUUGGAUUCUCUCCGGGCCACCGAUCAACUGGAAGCAGCACUGGAAGGGUUGGAACAGAACAGAGGAGGAUUUAAGCGAGGUGCAGUCUGCCAUUGAAGCUGUUGCCAGGAGCCUCUGCUGGAACAAACUGAAGGAGAAAGGAGACAUUGCGAUCUGGCAGAAGCCUGUCAAUCACAUCAGCUGCAAAGCCAAUCGCAAGAUCAUUCGAUCGCCUCAGUUCUGCCAAUCGCAAGAUCCAGACUCCGCUUGGUACACAAAAAUGGAGACUUGCAUCGUCCCUCUGCCUAAGGUGGCCAGUCCCGAAGAGACUGCCGGUGGGGCACCGAAGAGGUGGCCCGAGAGACUUACGGCGGUGCCGCCACGGAUCGCUAGUGGAAGCGUUGUUGGAGUCACAGCGGAGAUGUUCUUGCAAGACACCGAGCUGUGGAAGAAGAGGGUUGGAUACUACAAGAAGGUGAUCGGCCGACUGGGUCAGGCGGGCAGAUACCGCAACCUGCUCGACAUGAACGCUAAUUUUGGUGGCUUUGCUGCCGCCCUGAUCGAUGAUCCUCUCUGGGUGAUGAACAUCGUCCCAACAACUUCUCAAGUUAACACCCUGGGAGUCAUCUAUGAGCGUGGGCUAAUCGGAACCUAUCAGGACUGGUGCGAGGCAAUGUCUACGUAUCCAAGGACUUACGAUCUCCUCCAUGCCGACUCGGUGUUCAAUCUUUACAAGGACAGAUGCGAAAUGGAGGACAUUCUGCUGGAGAUGGAUAGGAUCUUGAGACCCGAGGGCACGGUGAUCAUCAGAGAUGAUGUCGACAUCUUGGUCAAGAUCAAGAGCAUUGCAGAUGGAAUGAGAUGGAACAGUCGGAUCGCAGACCAUGAAGAUGGCCCUCUGCAGAGGGAGAAGCUCCUUUUGGUGGUGAAGACCUACUGGACUGCUCCGGGACCAGACCGGCAAUAGGUUGCGGGUUGCAGAAGAUAACUUGAGAUCUAACUCUUUGAUUUCACAGCUUGUUUUAUCUUAUUGUGGUAGUUCAUUCAAUUCAUAACCGGACCUGAGCUGCGUCAGUCUCGUAUCACCU